AUGCAUCUGCUUUCUGCUCUUCUUGUUUUGUUCUCUCUUAGUGACGGUUUCAGUCCUAACUGUCCAGGAAGAUGUAGCUGUGAUUCUGAGCAGUCGGUGCAAUGCUACAGAGUGAUGGAGGUGCCAUCAGGUAUUCCUCCCACCACCAAGAGACUCUACAUCAGCCAUAGCAAAAUCCAGCACCUCCAGCAAUCUAACUUCACCAGAAUGUUGGCUCUGGAAGAUUUUAUUCUUCUGGCCAGUGGAACAGAGUCUGUAGAAAAUGACACCUUCAAAAUUCUGAAUACCUUGAAGACCUUAGAACUCUGGAAAAAUAAGUUAAGACGAGUCCCCAGUGCUCUCCCAGCCAGUCUCGAAGUGUUAAAACUAAAUGAUAACUCAAUAUAUGUCCUACAUGGAUCAGAUUUUGAAGGACUGAAGAAAUUGAAAGUCCUUGAACUUAAAAACAACCUGAUCUCCUCCCUGUCUCCCAGCAUGCUCUCCUCCCUUGUCAGUUUGCAAAGUUUGAUGGUGGAUGAUAACAAUAUAGAGUCUGUAACUGGACCCUUCAUUCUUCCCCAUCUGAAACACAUGAGCAUGGAGAAUAAUAAGCUACAUCGUAUAUCAGGUGGCUUCUUUACUUCUCUGCAGUCUUUGCAGUUUCUCAGUUUCAGUGGUAAUUUUCUAACUAAAAUUCCUAUUAAUUUACCCAAAUCCUUGCUAUCUUUAAAGAUGGAGAGAAACCAGCUCAAAGUGGUUAGGUUUCAAGAUAUGAAACACUUGGAGAACCUUUCCCAUCUUUACCUGUCAGAGAACCUCCUCUCUUCCAUUGAUGGGGCACAGAUCCUUGCCAAUUUAACUACUCUUGAGGUAUCCCAAAACCAACUUCAAACACUGCCCUUCAGACUACCAGUAAGGCUACAGAAGCUUGACUGUAGCAACAAUCUGAUCCAGAAAGUUACAGCACAAGACUUUCAGGACCUUCCAGACUUGAAACAUCUGUUUCUGGACAAUAACGUUGUCAGCUUAUUUGAAGCUGGGGCCCUUCAGAAGUGUUCUCAGCUGUCCAACCUGGCCCUGGAGCAGAACCUGCUGUUGUCUAUACCUUUAAGGCUCCCCAAGACCUUAGCCAGGCUGGACCUAAAAGGCAAUGCAAUCCAGGAUAUUGCUGAGAGGGAGCUCAAGGAUCUCAAGCAGCUUCAGGUUCUAAACCUGAGGAACAACAAGAUCUCUGCCUUAGAUCUCAAAGCCUUGGAGGGUCUGCCUCGCCUCAGGCACUUGUACCUGGAUGGAAAUCCGUGGAAUUGCACCUGUACUCUCCUAAGAGCCAGGGAGAUACUGAAGGCCAAGGGCACAGAUGUGAAGGGAGGACGGUGUGCAGCCCCAGCAGAACAACAAGGGGAAAGCUGGAUGUCUUCCAAGAAGAUUAUGAAGCAAUGCGAGCAGCACUUACACUUGACCGAGAAAAGCAAAGAGGUCAAAAAGAAACCCAAACCGGAAGACUCCUCCAGCAUCAAACUCAUCAUGGACGAUGAUGAUUACGAUUAUGAAAUAGAUUAA